CUCCCGUUCCUCUCCAGGCCGCAUCCCAUCCCGGGCGGGGUGUCAUCUGCGUCAACCCACCUGAUAGCCAAAGAACCAAGAGAGACGAGGGAUGAGGGGUGGCGGGCGGGCGCGGCAGAACGCGAUCCGAUCGGGCAUCAUGGUGCUGGGCGCCGCCGCCUUCGCCUACCUCUCCUACCGCGUCGGGUUCAAGCCCUACCUCGACCGCGCCCAGGAGGCCAUGGACUCCCACCACGCCGCCGCUGCCGAUGCUUCCGCCUACGCCUCCUGGGAGGACCAGCCCGACCUCCCCGGGGACGGCGACGGCGGCCUCAGGCCGUCCAGGGACCCGGCCGCCAUGCUUCGCGACUGACACCGCCUACCUUCUCGGGCCUCGUCAGAUCCUCGGGCUUGUUGUGGCAUUUCGCUGAACACUCUGUGAGCGGAUAAUAAAAUGCACCGGAACUGUUUUCGGCAACGCAAUCCUCCCCCACCCCGUGCUGUCUUCGCUGGUAUGGCGACCCGACUCGGUGUGGCGCAGACCUGCUCGGCGACGCUCGCCGGCAACCACCUGAUGCGGGACGCCGCCGCGCUCCCGGAGACCGUGAUCCAUGGCGAACUUGUUCCGUUUGUCUCAUGGUUCUGCCUACGUGUGUGUUUAUGUUGUUGUACAUCUAUUUGUUUGUUGUUCUGUUUGUCCCAUGGUGUUUCCUUCUACUGGAGAGCGGGUGAAGGUGGAGCCACUCAAGGAGAAGGGGUCAACAUGGCCGUUGUGUCGCGCUCGCCCACCUUCGACAUCGCCAGGGACUUCAUCGAUAAGAUCGAGCUCCAGCCCAUGUUCGUCGCGCAGGAGAGGGCAGCCGUGGUUUCCUCACGCAAAUGUUGCUCUGUUUCCCGACAUUGAUGAUGCUCGCUCUCUGCUGUAGGUGAUGCUGGAUGGUGAUAUCAGCAUGCACAUUGAGUAGAUAUAUACGUGUUGGCUGUUCUUGUAGUUUUAUGAUUUUCAUAUUCAUUAGAAUCAAGUAGACUUAAUUUUGCAUGACUAAAUUUUCUAGUGUGGAUAUAUAUUGUCAAGUUUCCUAAAAAUCUCAGUGUGCAGUUCUGCAUGUUUCUGAUGUGAAACACCUAUGUAUGGCUAAUCGUUUAGAUGAUACAAUUUCCUAAUGUUGAACUUUUUCUUAACUAAUGAAGAACUCCCCUCUUUUUGUUAGUAAUAGAUAGUAUCUGUCAGUUUUGUUCAAAAAAAAAUUCUGAAUGUUUCUGAUGUGAAAGCAUAUUUGGAUCAUUAGAACUCUGCAUGACUGUUUUCUCACUAAAUGAUGAUCGUUGGUGUUGACUAUUUUCCGUAGUUAUCUGAAUUGCAUGUUUAUUUGGAUCCAUUAGACCUUUUCAUGAUUAACUUAAGUUUGGAUUUAUAUUAUUUUCACAACCUUCCUCGAAGGCUCGAGUGAGACUUUGAUGUUUGUGAAUGUUUUUGACAUUGACUAGAUAUAUUGGUGUUGACUAUUCUUGUACUUUGUUUUCUGAUGUGCAAGUUUGUUGGAAUCUGGUUCUCUUCACCUGCUCCUCUCCUCCUCCUCGGCCUCUGCUGCUGCUGUGCAUAGAUAUGUUUAUUUAUUUGAAGUAUGCGUAUAUUAGCACCAUACUAGUAUUAAAAUUAUGUUGACCGAAUAAUAUCUCAAAUAGAACAUGAGUUAUGCUGCAUUAGUUGGUUCCUAAAUUAGUACAAAAGAAAGAAGGACUUGAACUUACGCUAGUACUGAUGAAUAUUUCUUCUACAUAUCUUAUACCAAAAUUAAUUGGAUCACUAAUUCUGUUUUCUACCUGAUUGUAGUUUUCGUUCAUUCUGUUUUCUACCUGAUUGUAGUUUUCAUUAAUUUUAAAAUGUGUUUGUGAUUGCACAUGCCAUAUUUCUAGUUUAGGGAGAACAACGAGACUCUUAAUGGUUACAUGGAUGGAAAAUGGGAUGUCACAUUCGAUAUGUGCACGACGAGGAACCUGUUUACUUGGAUCCACCAUUGUCUAAUGUUUGAUGUUGUGUACAUCUUAUUCUUAUUUUUUGCACAGGUGAAGUACAAAUCCAAGUGUGAAGCUAUGAAGCGUAUUAAAAAAGAGUAGUAUAUGUAUUGUAAUAGUAGGCAUAUCUGGGUUGUGGUGUAGUAUAAAUUAAGAUUGUAAUAGAGAAAUUUAUUCUUGGUUUGGACGAAUUUCAUUUGCUCCCUAGCCUGUUUGAAAUAUUGAUUGUGAAUGUGAUUUGAAUACCUAUGAAAUGGCAAUUUGACAAGGGGGACCAAGUUAUGAUA